AUGGCACGUAAAAUAGUAUCAUUAUUAAUCUUUUUAUUUAUAUUAUCUAUGUAUCAAAUAAAUCAAUCAUUAGCAUUAACCAUAUUCCAUAAUGAACCAGCACCAGUACUGAACGAUCGAUUAUCUCUUCUUAAAGAAUAUAUUCAUCGAUUAAAUCAACAACAAGGAUCUACAUCUAAUUUUAUUCAAACAGAUAAUAAAGAAAUAGUGCCUGAUAGAAAUUGGGUUGAACAUGAUAUACGUACGUCUAAAAAAGCCAAUAAACGCAUGCUUUGCUUUUUUAAUACUGUCACUUGUUUUGGUUAA